UUUACUAAUUUUGGUUUUCUUUUUGGUUUCAAUUAGCGUAAAAGGCGCACUAUAAAUUGUUUAAUCCAUUGUUUUUGAAAUUAGCUACUGAAAUGGUUGCAGCAGUAUGUUCUAGCUGAGAGACACCAUUGUUCACUAUUAAAGUGGCGAUUUUUUCCUAGAUAUAGUUAAAACCCAGAUGGUGGGAAUUGGAUGAAUCGGCCACUCUUUUGCGUGUACUAUAUAUCUCGUUCCAGAUUUUAAGCCCGGCGACAUUAGCAAGUCAUUGACCUGUGCUCUUCAACGUUUGGAUUACGCACCGUAAGUGUUCGGUGAAAUGCCUGAACGAAAUUGCAAGGCUUCAAAGCUACGCUAUUUUAAUAUCAGGAGAUAUAAGUAGUCUGUAAUUGUCGCUUGCAGAUCAGAUAGAACAGAGAAUGUCGCAUAUAUAAAAGGUUGUAUAGGUCAAACUAAUAAACUCUCCAGUUGUUUCUUUUUUAAAUGGUCUUUGGUCCAUAUUUGAGUUCUUGCACGAGAGAUGACGAAUCCCAGUUCCAUCUUUUUAAUUGAUUUCAGAGUGAACACGUCUACCUCGAACUGAUUGUGGUCAAUUGUGCGUGGUUGAAUGGGUAAAAGGUUGGAGUUCUUGGUUCAGACUAUGAAACGUAAGAGCUACAAAUUCUCAUAUUUUGAUUGGUUCAUAGUGUUGAUGACUAUCUGUAAUUGGUUGUAGCAAGGACAUGAAAGUGACACAAUGUUUCAAUAUGAGGCCAACCGUUGUUGCAUGGUUUAUUCAGUAGAAAGUUGGAAUUUUUAAGAUUCAAUUCAUUGACUUCAACUUGUAUUAAAGUUCAUUUUGUUUUAUAAACAAGGUUUAAGUUGGUUGUGAAUAAAGUAAUGCAGAAUCUUGGAAGAUGGGCGUGUGGUCAACGUUGUUUAGAAGAUAAUUGUCUAUUAAGUACUUGAGUUUGUUUUCGUGGAUUACUUUUCCUUGCAUACAUGUUCUCUUAUUACACUAAUCUGAAGAAGAUUGUUCUUGGAGACAUAAGGAGCACACGGGAUGACGAGGUUUGCUUGUUUGCACCUCUUUACCAUGCUCUUGUUUACCAUGCUCUCUAGUUCAAGUUAUGCAGUUAUAACGACAGAGAGUCCUUUGUCAAUGGGACAAACUCUCAGCUCCGCUAAUGAGGUUUAUGAAUUGGGGUUCUUCAGUCCUAAUAACACACAAGACCAGUAUGUUGGAGUCUGGUUCAAGGAUACCAUACCUCGGGUCGUUGUGUGGGUGGCCAAUAGAGAGAAGCCCAUUACAGACUCCACGGCAAAUCUAGCUAUAAGCAGCAAUGGAAGUCUUCUGUUAUUUAAUGGCAAACAUGGCAUUGUGUGGUCAAGUGGAGUAUCUUUUGCUUCUAGCAGGUGUCGUGCAGAGCUUUUAGACAGCGAAAAUCUAGUUGUCAUAGAUAUUGUUUCGGGAAGAUUUAUGUGGCAAAGCUUUGAGCAUCUAGGUGAUACUCUGUUACAUACCGCAUCCCUGACAUAUAACCUCGCCACCGCUGAGAAGCAGGUGUUGAAUUCAUGGAAAAGUUACACCGAUCCAUCACCUGGCGACUUUCUGGGCCAGAUUACACCACAAGUUCCAUCACAGGGGUUUAUUAUGAGAGGCUCGACGCCUUAUUGGAGAAGCGGUCCAUGGGCUAAAACAAGGUUCACUGGGAUACCGUUUAUGGAUGAAUCGUACACGGGUCCAUUCACCCUUCACCAGGAUGUAAACGGGUCAGGAUACUUGACUUAUUUUCAAAAAAACUACAAACUUUCACGUAUAACUUUAACAUCAGAGGGAUCAGUAAAGAUGUUUCGGGAUAAUGGAAUGGGCUGGGAACUAUACUAUGAGGCUCCAAAAAAUUCAUGCGAUUUUUAUGGUGCGUGUGGACCAUUUGGAUUGUGUGUCAUGUCAGUUCCUCCAAAGUGUAAAUGCUUUAAAGGGUUUGUACCAAAAUCCAUUGAGGAGUGGAAAAUGGGAAACUGGACUGGUGCUUGUGUGAGGCGUACCGUACUAGAUUGUUCUAGUAACUCUACUGGCAAAGAUACAGACGUCUUUCAUCCAAUUGCCAACAUAAAGCCUCCAGACUUUUAUGAAUUUGCAAGUUCUGUGAAUGCUGAAGAAUGCCACCAACGUUGCCUCCACAAUUGUUCUUGCUUGGCAUUUGCUUAUAUUAAGGGAAUAGGGUGUCUAGUGUGGAACCAGGACCUAAUGGACGCAGUGCAAUUUUCUGCAACAGGAGAACUUCUUUCCAUUCGUCUUGCACGUUCUGAGCUAGAUGGAAAUAAGCGCAAGAAGACCAUUGUUGCUAGUACAGUGAGCCUGACCCUAUUUGUGAUCUUGGGCUUCACUGCGUUUGGUGUCUGGAGAUGCAGAGUGGAACAUAACGCUCAUAUAUCAAAGGAUGCUUGGAGGAAUGAUCUGAAACCACAAGAUGUCCCAGGUUUAGAUUUCUUUGAUAUGAAUACCAUUCAAAACGCCACAAAUAAUUUCAGUUUAUCAAACAAACUCGGACAAGGUGGAUUUGGUUCAGUUUAUAAGGGAAAGCUGCAAGAUGGGAAAGAAAUUGCAGUAAAACGGCUUUCUAGCAGCUCCGGACAGGGAAAAGAGGAGUUCAAGAAUGAAAUACUACUCAUCUCAAAACUCCAACACAGAAACUUGGUUCGGGUUUUGGGAUGUUGCAUUGAAGGAGACGAACGGCUAUUGAUUUAUGAGUUUAUGGUGAACAAGAGCCUUGAUACUUUUAUCUUUGAUUCAAGAAAAAGGCUGGAGAUUGAUUGGCCAAAAAGAUUUGAUAUCAUUCAAGGUAUUGCACGUGGACUUCUCUAUCUCCACCGUGACUCACGCCUCAGGGUAAUUCACAGAGACCUGAAGGUCAGCAAUAUUCUUCUGGAUGAAAAAAUGAACCCAAAAAUAUCAGAUUUUGGAUUGGCUCGGAUGUAUCAAGGAACCGAAUAUCAAGACAACACUCGCAGGGUUGUAGGAACUCUAGGAUAUAUGUCUCCAGAGUAUGCAUGGACUGGGAUGUUCUCUGAGAAAUCGGACAUCUACAGCUUCGGAGUUCUGCUGUUAGAAAUCAUCAGCGGAAAGAAGAUCUCAAGAUUCAGCUAUGGCGAAGACGGAAAAACCCUUCUUGCAUAUGCGUGGGAAUCUUGGUCUGAAAAUGGAGGAAUUGAUCUUUUGAAUAAAGAUGUUGCUGAUUCAUGUCACCCAUUAGAAGUUGGGAGAUGUGUUCAGAUUGGUCUGCUUUGUGUACAACACAAUCCUGCAGAUAGACCAAACACACUUGAGUUGCUGUCUAUGCUCACCACAACAUCAGAUCUUCCAUCACCAAAACAACCCACAUUUGCAUUGCACGCGAGAGAUGACGAACCCCAGUUUAGGGAUUUGAGUACCGUCAAUGAGAUGACACAAUCUUUGAUCCUUGCGCGUUAAGAAACAAUAUGUGAUGGAAAUUGUACAAUUGAAGUGUGUUGUUUGAACAGUAAAGUAGUCAACUUUUCAAUGUUGGUAACUUCAAAAUGUAAAUGCCAAUGGGAAUUACUGCGUUGUUUUCAUCCA